AUGGCUGAAAACCGUCUGAACCUGUUCUGUCUCGUUGAUGGCGAACCCCAGUCGAACGUUUUCUCCGUCAAACCUACACCAGCAGACACCGUUGAUGAUCUCAGGGUGCUCAUCAGUGCCAGACUGGAAAUCGACACGCUCUCCAAGGACCUCACCCUCCAUCGCGUCUCGAUUCCCGUUGUGCCAGCCAACAAGCGCAAACCGAUUGUCCUGAAUGAGGUUGACUCACCAACAGAGCUCGACCCAACAGACGAAGUUUCCGAUGUCUUUCCGGAAGCACCACCCAAGAAAACGAUCCACGUCAUCGUACAGCGACCCUCAUCAGUUGCGGGCAGGAAACAGACUAUAUCCGAAGCUUUCCCUAAUGGGUUGGCCUACCAAAUGCCGGGACCUCUGCUGAGAACGUCAGGCGGGAAUUGGAUAUAUCAACCUGAUCCGAAGCUUUUGGCUGCACUGCGACCGGCGAUCAAGGACCACUAUGACGACUUUAAGGGAAACCGCCGCGAUAAAUCGACCAUGCCAUUGUACCUAUUCCUUUCCGGAGCCGGAACAAGAAAGUCUCGCAAUGCACAGGAGUUUCACCGCUCUGCAUUGAAUUGCCUCACCGACGAGGAUGACCCGGACCUGAGAGAAGGGACCAAGAAUGCCUGGGUGUUCCAUGUCACCCUCGAGAACGUCACCAGUCCUUCGGCAAAAGAGCUUGACGAUCCAAUCAGAGCAAUUGGCAGUAGAAUGCUCUUGCAGCUUCUCCCUGGCAAGGAACUCUACAACGUCCUGGAGGACUACGAGGAGCCGCACCCGAUUCAAGUCCUGAGUCUUGUCGCGAGGGGUCUUGACCGAGAUUUGAAAUCGGCCACAGUCAUUCUGGUGGUCGAUUGGUUGCAGUCCUUCAUGACAGAUCCCAAGGAUGAUCACAACAAAGACUCUGCCUUCUAUAGAGCAUUGACACGCAUUGGAGAUCUCGCGCUCGGGGAAGUAUUUCUGAUGGCACGUUGCACCGCAACUGUUACUUCUCCGGUUGAGAAGGUGUUGGCGUCUACGCAUCGAAACCGUGUUGUCUUGCCCGUCGCAUCCCUGACGUCUCCGCAUAUCGAGAGGGAUGGCUUGUCUAUGGCGGUCUUUGAUGAACAGGACCAUAUUAUCAAGGUCCUUGUGAGCGAUUGUGGAGGUCAUGGAAGAGCUCUUGAGUGUCUGCACCAGGUUGUCGUGGCAAAAGGCGAGGAUAACGUCGAAUCGCUAAUGAACUGCCUACACUUCAAGCUUCAAGGUCAUUACUCAGAGGCGUUCCUGAUGUCGUCGUCUACAGCGCAAGCCAUGGCGCGAGCGAUAUUGACCCGAGCUCAAUUGGACCCCGACAAACCACUUGCAGGAAUGGACAAAUUGCCCGGGGAACUCGCCAUUCCAGGGUUAAUCCGGUAUGAGCAGAAAAAGGGUCUUGGCGCAGAAGGAUAUCUUACUGCACCUUACAUCUGGGUUUGGCUCAUGUCAUACGGCAAGGAUCCCCUCCUCAAUAACUUCCGUUUCAAUGACGGCCAAGAGCUCGAGUCGAAGAUGGAUCCAAGGUCACCACCAGGUGCUCAGUUUUGGCAGCACUUCGAACAUUUCGUUGCAACCUUCCGCUGCCUCAAGUCAAGGAUACUGAUGGAUCGCGAACGCACAAGGAUCUCGGCAAUCCAUACAGGGGCACGUUUGCAUGGCGACAUCAACUUUACAAACCGUCACCUAAAGUUGACAGUCUCCUCUCAACACGUCAAUACCAAGUCCUACAGCCAUCGAAUCGUCUCAGCCGUUCGGUGCGAAAACAAGACAGUGAAUGUUCGCAAGGGCAAACAUUGUAUUAUCAAUGCACCAUCAGCACCUUACGGCGACAGCUUCACCAGACUCGACGCACAGCCGUUCUGCACUGAAGCUCACCAGUGCAAGCUGAUAACUGAUGGCGCGAGGAUCGACUACCAAACAGAAAGGCGAAAAGCUGCAUCUGACAACGAUUUCUUCAUGUUAUUCACCUCGCAAGAUCAUCUUGACGUCGAGCUUCCGCCACUAUCCGGGAUCGUGGAUGGAUCAAAUUGGGAAGAGUACUUUGGUCCAUUUGCUAGCAGAGCAUUCGUUUUCGCGACAACUGGCGCCCUCGAUAUCAACUUGGCUCAACGCAGGGACCUCGAGCGAAUGAGAGGCGUCGGGGACAGAAAAGCUGAAAUGAUCAUUCAGGAACGGUCGAAGAGGAAGUUCGACAGCUAUAACGACGCCGACAAGAGGCUCCGUGGCGUGGGCAAGACAGUGCUGAAGAAUUUCAAGUUCUCACAAACCACGUAG